CAUUGUGGCAUUGCUAUGUGAAAGACUGUAAUGAUAACCUCUCAGAAUGGGUGGGUAGCUGCCAAAAUAGCAUGAAUUUGUCUACUUUAUAGGAAGUGACAACACCGCCUAUUUCUUGGAAUGGUAAGAACCUAAAUAGGCUCGAGCAGAUGGGGUGUGUAAUUGACAUGAACGGCCAAUGAUAACAAACAGAUCGACAGAACAGACAAGGCAAGAGGGGCUGUUUGAUAAAACAGAGAUCUCUUCAAUAUCUAUAAAUACCUAUGGACUAAACUGAGGUCUCUAAGCUAAACACAAGAUCAACCAGAAAUAAAAUAGGGAAGUUUCUUAUUCAGUCAGUGAUUAGAACUUUGAUCUCAUGGGACAAUCAUCAUGAGGAGUGAAAUGAGUAUGCAGUAGUAGAGGGUGUGGACUGGUAGUGGGAAGAGAAACAGACUGAAAAGCUGGCUUAUGUGGAGUGCAAUCCAUAGGGGGACAGGAUGAUCCACCUGGCCAUACGUCCUCUUUCUCCGCUCUGCAACGCAGUGUGGGUCCCGACCCCAGGGCUGUCGGUGUGGAGUUUGCACGUCCUCCCUGUGGCCAUGUGGAUUUCCUCCAGAUGAUCUGGUUUCCUCCCGCCGUCCCAAAGACGUGCGCUUCCUUUUGGCGAACUGAUAUAAGCGAGGGCAGGGAGGGAGGUGAAAUGGGGAAACAAGUGAGGAGUGGGACUGACUCGAGUGCCCUGAGGGCUAGCAGAGACUGAAUGGGCUGAACGGCCUCCUUCAGGUGUGCUUCUGUGAAUAAGUUGGAGUCUCAGUGAACACCCGCCGGUGAUUAGCUGGGCGCUGCCCAUCAAUGUAUGCUUACUCCUAACUAAACUGGACCCAGCAAGUUAUUGAAUUGUAGGCGGCUAUCUUGUUAGUGAUUAACCCAAUUCAGCGCCCGAGGGAGUGACUGUGAUAUGGUAGUAGUCACUCAGUCAACACAUAUGUUUGAUGCUGAGCAGUCAUCGUGCAGUGAGAAAGGACACUGGGGAGAGGAAGUGGUUUUACUUCUAAGCUUCUGUGACUCUGCAUCUUUUUUCUACACGCAGUGGCUGUGUUAAGCUCAGGCUCUCGUGUUAACGGAGGCUGCAGGAGCUACGGCCGGACCGGUGCACGGGGACGGGGUGUGAGCCGCAAACCAACUUGUCAAAGUAUAGGUGCUUGACUGUGCCUGUAAGCUUGGUGACCGAUUCCGGGGGGUGCUGAAGUGAGGAGACCCCCAAUGGAGCCGGAGCACAAGCAGAGGAUAUUGGCGGUCACCUCCCCGCUGAGGGCUGUCUGCCGCAUCCGCCACAAGUGCCUCGUUCUGAAGAAGAGGCGGAUCAGCGUCGAGCAGCGGGAGGCCAGGGACGGGGAGAGGCCGGGAGCGGCGGGUGAGAGCAGGCUACCCAGCAAGAGCAGGGCCAAGGCGGCCGAGUACUUCACCUUCGAGAAGGUCCCCGUCAAGUCCUCGCGGAGACGCCGCUCGCAGAAGAAGUGCAAAGUGCUCUACCCAAAUGGCAGCAGGAAGUACCUGCCGGAAGAAAAGAAAAGCAAGGCCAAGAACUGCCUCUUACUGCUGAGCAUCAUCAUCUUCUUCCAAGUAUACAACGCCAUCGAGAAUCUAGAUGAUAACGUGCUGAAGUAUGACCUCAUGGGGCUGGAGAAAACGCUGAAGCGGGAGGUCUUUGGCCAGACAGUUGCCAUUGACAGUAUGAUGGAUCUGCUGAAGGACUACCUGGCCACUCACAUCCACAACAAGCCCCUGGUCCUGUCUCUCAAUGGCCCCGUCGGUGUGGGGAAGAGCCUGGUGGGCAGACUGCUGGCCAAGCACUUCCGCGCAGUGCUGAGCGACGACCUGGUGUACCAGUAUUUCGUGCUGCAUCACUGCCCGUCUGAGGGCGACGUCACCAGCUGCCAGCGGGAGCUGGUGCUCGGCAUCUCCGAGAUGGUGAACCGGGCCGAAGAGGAGGAGAAGAUCCCCGUGCUCAUCUUUGACGAGGUGGAGUUCAUGCAGCCGGCCCUCCUGGACAUCCUGCACAGCUACUUCCAGUCCAACCAGACCAGCGAGUUCCUCAAUGUGGUGUACAUCUUAAUCAGCAACUACGGCCAGGGCGAGAUAACCAAGUUCAUUCUCCACAACGCUUCCAGCGGAGUGGCGAGACAGCUGGCCAGAUCGGAGGAGCUCCUGUUCAGUGUCCAGUCCUCACUGGUUCACAUCCACCCAUUGUGGAAUCAAGCCGAUAUUGUCCCCUUCUCCUUGCUGGAGAGGGACCAUAUUUUGGAGUGUUUUUUAGAAAAGAUGAUGACGGAAGGAUACUACCCAGACACUGCCCACCUGGACAAGCUGUCCAGUGAGCUGAAUUAUUACUCUGUUGGAGAGCUCCAGUACUCUGUUAAUGGCUGCAAGUAUGUAGACUCCAAAGUAAACUUGUUGCAUUGACAGCCAAGUCUAAUGCUCAACAAUAAACGGCAGUCUGUCAGGGAACAGUGAAAAGUACCACGUGUCACCGGGUCAGUCUCUGGGUUCAUUCAGUCUGUUGUCUCUGGUCACCCGUGUGUGUACAUUUACUGGGAGAAAUGGUCGACGGGACAGAGGGCUUGGAUAAUCGCUCUCUGCAGCAGUUCUGACCGGACUACGCAAUGGAAUUUGAUUAACUCUGUGGGAAGGGCAGGACAGCUUGUGAGGUUUCUUCCCACUGUUAAAUUUCUGUCAAGGAAAAUGUUUGAUGAUACUAAAAUGAAGUAACCAUUUCAA